CGCCGCGGCCGAAGCCUCAUUGCUUCUGCGCGGUCUCCGCGCGGUUCCGGGGUCCAGAUUUUGGUUCUUUUUUUCCAAAGAAACAGAGCCUCGGAGCCGGAGCGACCGCCCCCCAAACCCACAGGACAAACCCCUGGUCUCGAGUCAUUGGCAAAAUCCCCAAUUUUUCCGGCAAGGGGGUGAUCGAGGCGACAUUUAGGGCUGGGAAGGGUGGGUGGUGCCGGUUCCGGUCCAGUGCUGCAGGCGAGGACGUUCCAGCUCAGAGGCGUGGACUGUCUCGCUAUUGUGGCUGCGCUGGCGCGGGAUUCGAACCCGUGCUGAGCCCAACUCUGAACCCUGAGGUCUCGUGGAGCUAAAAUGACCCACUCUUUGGUUUGUGCAGACACCGUGAGCAGGGUGAGUUCGGUUCUGAAUCGCAACACCCGGCAGUUUGGAAAGAAGCACCUGUUCGACCAGGACGAGGAGACGUGCUGGAACUCGGACCAGGGCCCCUCCCAGUGGGUGAUACUAGAGUUCCCCCAGCGCAUCCGUGUCUCCCAGCUGCAGAUCCAGUUCCAGGGGGGUUUCUCCAGUCGCCGGGGCUGCCUAGAAGGUUCUCAGAGGAGUGAGGCUCUCAAUAAGAUUGUGGACUUCUACCCUGAAGACAACAACUCCAUUCAGACCUUUCCUGUACCGGCUGCUGAAGUGGACCAGCUGAAGGUAACAUUUGAGGACCUGACUGACUUCUUUGGCCGCGUGGUCAUCUACCACCUGAGAGUGCUGGGGGAGAAGGUGUGAGGCCACUGGGCAGCCGCCGCCUCCAGGAAACCCUCAUGGCAGCACAGCACAGUCCUUCAAGUUCUGCACAGGUUUAUUGAUUUCUGCUGGGAAGGAUCCCUCCCACCAUCUGUCCAGGAGCUGCCUUUGAAGCCAGUUCUGGGUUCCCCCAACUCUGGGUCGACCGCUUUGUUCCCUGAGAGUCUGAGUCCCUGUGGGGUGGGUGGCCUUCACUCAGGAUCGUCGGGCACCAGGUUAUUCUGGAAGAGCUUGAGGAUGUGGUUCUCGAUCACCUGUUGCACUGGAAACAGGACAAGGAAAACGUGGGCCAUGAACGGAACUGGGACCACAGAGAAACACGCGCACCUGCACCCUGCCUUCCCCUGGGGUUACUACCUUGAGAACUACACCCUUCCCUCUGGGGACGAACAGGGGCCUCCCCGCACUGGGACAUGGAUUUCGUACAUAGGUAAAUCCACACCCCUCCCAGGACACAUCUGGGGAGACUGAGGCCCCUGUCCCAGGAACCUCCGUUUCCCCUAAGUUUAUAAAAAUGUUUUUGGAGGCAUUUCAGAGUUAUGAAAAUAUUCCUUGCAAAACAAAA